ACAGUGAUCAUUAGUGUAACGGAUGUAAACAAAGUGCAGCGAUCACAGUCAUAGAACAGUUUGCAUUCAGCAGGAAAAGUGUUGUAAAUUACGCAUUGUCAAAUACAAAAUGGAAGAAUUAUCGAAAGAGGAUACUUUACAGCUAAGGAAGAAAUACAUAGGAGAGGCAUGCAUUUUGUUCUUUGCAAAUGAUCCAUUGAAAAUAACUAGAGCAUCAGGACAGUACAUGUAUGACGAGAAAGGAAACCAAUAUCUGGACUGUAUAAACAAUGUUUGUCAUGUGGGUCACUGUAAUUCCGCAGUGGUUGAGGCCGGGUACAAGCAGAUGAAAGUGUUGAACACGAACAGUCGCUACCUUCACGACAACAUUGUACGACUUGCCGAGAAAAUUACCUCAACAUUACCGGAUAAAUUAAAUGUUGUUUACAUGUGUAAUUCUGGAUCUGAAGCAAAUGAUUUAGCUUUGAGACUUGCCAGACAUUACACAAAGGCAAAGGAAAUUAUCACUAUGGAUCAGGGAAGAUCUUGGGAGAAAUAUGCAAAUGAGGUUGGUGACAUAUGUAAGGUCAUUCAGUCUAGAGGAAAACACGUAUGUGCCUUCAUAGCAGAAUCUAUGCAAAGUUGUGGUGGUCAGAUAGUGUUCCCACCUGGAUAUCUGCAGAAAGUUUACAGGUAGGUCAAAGGUUAAGUC